UGGCGCGGUGUGCUGCAACAAUCGGUACAGAAGUAGCUCAACGUGCAGCACAUGGCGGACGGGGGGUUUGUGUAAAAACAAAGCCGCACAUCUUGACGAUUUUUGCUAGAAAUUUGGGUGUUUUUGUAAAUUUCGGACUCCAGGCUACCCUGUCCGGCAACCAUGGGUGUCCAAGGCCUGCAGGAUUAUAUCGAAGCCCACUGCCAACGCGCCUGUGUCAGCGUAGAGCUGCAGCGGAUCGCUCGGGGGAGGGUCGGGAAGCGCCCGCCCAACGCGCCUCUCUGUCUCGUGGUGGACGCCGAGAACUGCCUGCACCGGCUGUAUGGAGGCAGUUUCCGCGACUGGGUGUGCGGGGGCCAGUGGAACGAGAUGUUGGCGUUCGUCGGAGCCCUGACCAGAGCCUGUCACGCUGCCAACAUCGAGCUGGUCGUGUGCUUCAAUGGCGCCGUGGAAAAACCACGCCUGCCCGAGUGGAUAAAGCGCCAAAACAAUAACAGGCAAACAGCGUACCAGAUCUUCUGCCACCUCCACAACAAGGCCACCCCCCCUCCCAAGGUGUGGUUCACUCCUCCCGUCAGCUUGGCGUCAUGCAUCCGGCUCGCGCUGCGCCACUUCGGGGUGCGCUGUUACCAGUCUCUGACAGACCAUCACCACGAGGUGAUGGCGUUUUGCCGACAACACGAGUUCCACGGCGUGGUGGCCCGGGACUCCGACUAUGCCGUCUUCGACCCGCCGCGCUACUUCUCGUCGGAGAAGCUGAAGCUGAGCCGUAACGGGCGCAGCCUGACGACCGUGCAGUACCUGAUGGAUGAGGUGGGGAAGGAGUUGGGCCUGACUCCCGAGAAGUUAGUCGUCUUCGCAGCACUGCUGGGGAACCACAUCUUGCCGGAUGAGGACCUGGCUUCAUUCCACUGGGCACUGCUGGGACCCACCCAUCCACUGGCUGGGCUCAAGGUGCGGGCCCACCAACUGGUGCUGCCGCCAUGCGAUGUGGUCAUCAAGGCUGUUGCAGAUUACGUGAAGAACCUUCCGUCCGUGGACGACCUUGACAAGGUCGCGCAGGAUGUGUUCCAACACUCGGACACCCGCAAAGAGGACAAGAUGAAGAAGUUUAAGGAGUCAGUGAUGUACUACAGGGCUGGGACAAAGGAUGGGAACUGGCCCAUACUACAAGCUGUGGACCCGCAGCCCUCGACCAAUCAGGAGCCAGACACAGGCACUGAUGAUCCCCCCCAGCAGCAACCACAGGAGUGUGCCGGUGUAAAAGAGGCCACCAUGCCUGAGAUUGUGGUGAGCGAAGUCAUGGAGAGUGCACAGGAGGGCAACCCGCAGAUCGUGGUCAGCAAAGAGCUGGACACGGUGAACGAGGACCUGCAGAACGCUCUCAAGUCUGAGAUAGAGGCUCAGCUAGAGGACGACCUGGACAGGAAGAUGCAGAACAUGACGUUAGAGACGAUUGAGGACAGCUCCAGUGAGACGUCUACCCUGGACAGUAGUCAGGAGCUGACCAACAUCGCCACAGCUUCUGAGGAAACCAAGGCUGCUGGCGACAUGAGCCCCAGCGAGCGCUUCAGCCCCAAAGUAGCCUGGGAGAAGAUCACGCGGGAAGAAGAGGAACGUGAACGCGAGGAGGCCCUGAGGCGGGGAGGGGACCCCGCUGACGAUAGUAAGGGAGGGCCCCCACAGGUCACACGGAUGGCCAGUCCCGCCUCCCAGGCGUCGACCUCUGACACCACCAGCACCACCAGCUCCAGUGCCAACCAGACGCCCGAGGCCAAGGACCCGACCGCGGGCAUCCCCUCGCUCAUGUCCACGCCCGUGCGCCAGUACCUGGACGUCACCAUCCCCAAACUGCCCACCAUCUCGCCCAGCGUGCUGCGGACAGCACAGUACAGACACAAGCUGGGGCUGAUGAACCCCUGGAUCUAUCAAAUCAUCACACAGGGAGAGAUCAAGAUUGACCUGACCCUGGAGGAUGACGCCAUGAAGGACCUUCCGUCCGCGGCGGAGCUGUGGCGCCCUGCCCGCCAGCUGACCUACGGCAUCCUCUUCAACGUGGCACACCAAGGCAAGAAAAAGAAGGGAAAGGAGCAGGCUCCCAGACGACAGGUGAUUGUGAAAGAGUGGUGUGUACAGAAGGGCCGCUCCAUACAGAAGCCAGAGCUGGUGGAAGCUCUGCCUUUGGACUGGAAGGUCAGCCGAGGACCCUACGUCUUCCGAACUGAUGUCCCCAAGGUGAAACAGCUGUGGUUCGGACAGGAGAUCGAGGAUAAGAACCGCAGACUGCGUGCCUUCCUGUCCUGCAUGCUGGCCGACACCCCGGCCAUGCUGAAGCCGCUCUACGUCCCCCACCACCUCUUGGUGCUGUGCUGUGUGCUCAGGUACAUGUUACAGUGGCCAGGUCGUCCCCUGUUGCGGCGCCAUGAGCUGGACGCCUUCCUGGCCCAGAGUGUGGACCCCAGACUGGCCAACCCUCAGGCCCUGGAGACCAUGCAGGUUCCCAUGGUGACCACCCGGGGUGUCCAGAUAGCCGCCCUGUUCAUGCGCGGCGUGGAAACCGCCAUGUUUGCCAACGAGGCGUGCGGAGCGCCCAUCGUCUGGGAGCUGACCUGCCCGUGGCUGUUCUUCGACGGGAAGCUGUUCCACACCAAACUGCUGAAGUCCAGCGCCAACAAGCCACUCAGGGAACUUUGUGAUGGACAGAUGGACCAGGUCGCCAAGGUGGAGCGGAUGAGACAGAGCAUACUGGAGGGGCUGACCAAUGACUGGGCCCGCAUGCCGCUGCCCCGCAUGGGCCCCAUGGGGAUGGGGGGUUACGGCGGGCUGCUGCCCCCUCCCAAUCUCAGGCCGGCCGGCUCGCUGGGACCGCUCCCCGGCAGGGGCCGAGGCCUGGCCGGUAAGAUCAACAACCUUGGUAAGCCAGUGAGUGGCAGGGGAGGCAAGCUGCAGAUCGCAGGUAUCCCCGUGGGGGAGUGGGCAGGCAACCCCUCAGGGGUGGGGAACUACCAGCCGCCUCAGGUCACCUCCGUGGGGGGAUACAGGAAGGGUGUGAGUUACCAGAUCCCGCCGCGUGGCCGGGGAAUGUCGCGAGGCGGGAUGGCAAUGCGAGGGCGAGGUGCAAUGCACCCCAUGUAUCAUGGGGCCAGGUCAGCAGCAGCCUGGGGCAUCCAGGACCCGGGGAUGUACUAUGACUACAGCCAGGCUGCUCCUUACUACAUGGGGACCUACCCCCUCCCCGGCCAGCAGUACAGGAACAAGAAGAACAAGAAAAACAAGAAGGGCAACAACAACAAGGGGGGGAAGGUACAGGAGCAGGGCCAGGGGGCCGGGGGAGUGGGGGAGGCUGGGGAUGCCUCGUCUCAGUUAGCAGGGAUCACGCUGGCCCUUAGAAACAAGGUCCAAAGUAAAGGGCGCGGGCGUGGCUGCACCGUGGAGACGGGCGAUGCGGAGGUCGGGGGCGGGGCCAUCCCGGUGUCCCAGCUGGGGGCGGGGGAGAUGAAAGAUGUUGCAACAGAAGAGGAGGAUGUGGAACAAACAGCUAAUGGGGACCUCACAGAGCAGCUGGACGCGGCUGCUGUUGAGAACGCAGAUGACGAUGUGGAGGUCAGCAGCAGUGAUGACUCCGAGGACGAGGAGGACCUGGUUGCCACGGUAACCAGUACGGUGCUGGAGGAGGUUGCCACGGUAACCAGCACGGAGCUGGAGGAAGCUUCGGAGGUGAGCAGCGCAUGUCUGGAAGAGACCGUGGACGUGACCAUCGCCGAUCUGGAGACGGACGCGGCGCUGAGCAAAGCCUCGCUCCUGGAGGGGUCGGAGCACGACCUGAGCACGGACAGCGUCGAGCUGCAGAACGGGAACGUCAUGAGCCCCGACAGCGGGCUGGGCGAUCACUCCACGCCGGAGAAAGCCUCCUCACUAACCGACACUGCCACCUCACAGGAGGUGCAAGGGUAAUGAUGACUGUUAAAAAAAAAAGCAAAAACAAAGAGAGAGGAUAUUAUAUAUAUAAUAGAUAUCUAUGUUUUUCACAGAUUUUUGUACAAAAACUAAAAAAAAAAACAGAAAAAAGAAAAAACAAGCUUGUUGAAGCCGAAGGGACUAUAAAAUAUGCAGGUUCCUGCCUGCCAUUUGGUUUUGGUUUUGUUGAUUUGAGGUUGGGAAGUGGACACGCUCCCCCACACGCUGGGAGGGCGCCCAGACCCGCAGGGAACUGACACCUAAAGGAUGGUUUCAUAGCUUCCUUUGGCUAAAAUCAAUCCAUUCAGAAGGCCCUAUAGACCAUGGGACAGAUUGAACACCAAAAAAAGAAAACACAAGCUCACAAAACAUUCACAGUCUAGUAGUGAAAAAAAUCCUCUCACAAAGCUGCAUUUUUAAUGACAAUCUCCAACCCGAAUACGGUUAAGGAAACUUGAUAAAUGCUUGCGCUGAAGUAGAGCCAUGAUGUGGUUUACAGGCCUACUGCUAUUAUAACGUGGUUAAAAAAUUUCACCCUUUUUAAGGGGACAAGAGCCAAUGAUGGCUAAGCACUGAGGUCACAUGACCUUCUGUAGUAGGAAAGUGAUUUGAUGGCAUCGGUAGUUUUUCAUUGUUGCACGUGACUAUUCUAUGCUUGUAAUUUGCACUCGUAGAUUUCAUGGAAAGUUUUGGACACAUUUUUGACCUUGGUGGGUUCCAGAAAGCACUUCUUAUAGAAAUACCCACUCUGUUUACCAAUCUGAGACACCAAGGGAAGGAAAAAUAAGCUCAGACACAGAAAAUGUUUGACUCACUAUUAACUGGGCAGACCUGAACUGGUUGUUGCAUACCAGAACUUUUAGAUGAUUGAUUGAUUGAUUGAGAGGGGCUUUUUGGAGAACCUCCAAGAAAAUUCCUGACAAUUGCCCUUUCACAAACUUGAUAUUCUUGCAUACAAUGUUUAUCACUCAUGAGAGGUACUCAGUAUGGGGAAGGCUGGUGAGAGAAUUGUAUGUACAUGAUAUGUUGAGUCUUGCCCGUAGACUUGGAAACCAAUUAACUUGACUACAGAAGAAUGUUGUUUCCUCCAUACCAUGAUAUUAAUGUUACUAAAUGCUUUGAAAUGAUGGCUCUAGUAGUGUUUGUUACUGCAGGUGUUGUAUAUGGCUACAGGAGUGGGGACCUCCUUUGUAUGAGUAGCCAGAGAAUAGUAUUAACCAGCAUGUUUUAUUCUGACCGGAGGCACUGAACCUCACUGUCCUAGUCUACUGAUCUCAAUAUGUACCCACUGAGGACUUGUAUUGACAUGGACAACAGACUUUAGAUCAGUAUUUACAUAUUAAUAUUUGGCCCAACUUGUAGUAGUCGCUCGUGUGAUGAUUGAACCAUUCCUUGGAUGUGAAGAUGUUUUAAAGAAAUCUUCCCCCACGCAUGAGAUGGUUAACUGUUGAAACCAAACAUGGUUUUCUUGUUGUACUUCACAGAUAUGUAGACAUAGUUGCGGCUUGUUAAACGGUCCAAGUUAGACAAUUUCAAGGAAAGAAUACCUUUGUGCUAUGUUGAGCCUCUGGAUUUUAUCCACUUGUCAACGACUUAAAAAAAUGGUAAAAUAUGUUGUCACCUUGCUGACACAGAUUACACAUUAAAAGUCACUGUUUGUAAAACAUAUAUAUAUAAUAAUGGUAGAUUGCAUUAAUGAUACAUUUACAUUAUGGGACCCACCCAUUGCUUUAAAUAGUAAAGAGUCAAUAUUGCGAGGCCCAGAUUACCUAAUGAAGCUUUGGGUCACUCUAUAUUCAUUUUUUUUUGUCACUAUCUAUAUGACCAGUAUAAUUGUGUUGUUGGGUUGGAGGGAGACACUUUGCUCACCAGCUAAUAUUUGAAAGUCAUGUACCUGUAUUUUACCAGUAUGGACUAAAACGCAAUGUAGGAACGACUCUCAUGACUAUCCUUCUAAUUGAUAAUGAGGCUUGUAUGUUCAUGUAUGGUUAUUACUCCUUGUAAGUGCAUAUGGAUAACUUGAGAAGCAUCUCUUUACAUUUAUGGAAUCAAGAAAUAUUGAGUAGAAGUAGAUCUUGCACCAGUUACUUGAGCCAAGUCCCCUUACCCUAUGCGAUGCUCAUUGCCAAGAAAUUCCUUAGAAGAAAAAAAGAACCACUCAUGUGAAGUGGUCAGGCGCCAUCUAGCAGGAGUUAACGGGAGUGCACCCCCACAAAGCUAUGCUACCCAUGUUUAUCAAUGGUGGUAGAAUACACUACCAAGGAGGUCUAUUCAAGCCUCCAUGUUGUCACCAACUACAUAAUAAUGUCCAACUGUACCACUCCACCAUAAUAAAUUCAAGAAAGAUGAAUUUUAAAUCCAAGAAUGGACAAGAAGCUUUAAGUGGUACCGUGGGGAGUGAUGGGAUAUGAAGAGCACUUUAUUUCACCUAAUAUGGCUAAGCGUUAAGUUCCACUGUACAAGUUGUUCUUCUGCUU